AUGCUCACUCCAGGAUACCAACAUCCACAGCAGCAUCAUCAACCGGCCACCAAUUGCGCACCCGGCAUUGCUUCCCCAUCCCCAACCGUUUUACCAUCAUUUAACGUUACAAGCCACCUACCGACCGGACCUGCCCAAUUUCCAAAUAUUCCGGAGAAGGAAGUUGGAAACUCAAUCAUUCCUGGAAAUGGUUAUAAUCCGGGGAGUUAUUACCAAUCUAUGGUACCAUCGCAAUCUGCGUUUGGACAGCAAUUAUUUAUCAAAAAUGAAAAUGGUUAUGGGCCACGUGGAGCUACUUUUGGGCCAGAUAUGUAUUUUGCAUCCGAAACUCCACUUAUGCAAAAUUCAUGCCUGUUCAGUUCUGCACCACCAUCUACAGCAACCGAUUAUUCGUAUAAUCUUAUUAAGCCGGACCCUGAAGCAUUUUUCGGUCAUGCAUGCUCAUCACAUCCGUUUGUUCGACCUCAUUAUCCGCAUUUCCCGUUCGCUAUGCAAUCGAUGACAUCCGGUACACCAAGUGGUAACUACCUCCAGAAUCCAAUUCAAUGUCAAUGGGUUGAACGCAAUAGGAUAUGCGGUCGAUUGUUCUACUCAAUCGAACAUAUCGUAUCCCAUCUGCAACAUGAACAUGUGGGUGUGUCAGAAAGCGCCUUCCAUAUCUGUCAAUGGAAAGAUUGCUCAAGAAGGGGAAAAAUUUUUAAAGCAAAAUAUAAACUUGUCAAUCAUAUCAGAGUACAUACGGGUGAAAGGCCAUUUCCAUGUACAAUGUGCUCAAAAGUUUUUGCAAGGAGUGAAAAUUUGAAAAUUCAUCAAAGAACACAUACAGGUUGCAAUUGUCAUCGAUAUUUCUUGCUAAUAUUAUCGUUAUAA